AUGACCAAAAGGUUCACUAUUGGAGGCCAGAAAGUGAGAGAUCCGAAGUGGAUAGAGUCAGUUACACAGCCUGAAGAAGACUCGAUAAUAAAGACUUCAUUCGUGUACCGUUGUGUUGUGGAAUCGCACACCGACACUUUCAACGGUCAAGUAUGCAAUAAACUGAUCAUUCUCCAUCAUUCUCUAGCCCACCCCACCCUCACCCCCUUCGUGCUUGGCUACCAGUAUACACCCAUCAUGGUCUUCUCUGUUACUUUGGGUCUAGGUAUAAGUACAAGUACAAGUACCAUCGAAUCCAAGUCCAAGUACAAGUACAAGUACAAGUACAUGUACUUCGUUGGCUCUCAGUGCCAGUUUGUUCAGUCCUUCGCUGCCUCCCGUGCCAGGAUGGCGGCGCUCUUCCAGGUCCUAGCAGUGGCUCUCCUCUUCGCCUAUGCUUCUUCCCAGCUUUAUCGAGAACCAGAGCUCUGGCAAGACGCUUAUGUCAGCGAGAUCAGUGACCAGAGCGACGCCGACGUUCUCGACGACCCAGACAUUCUGGCCUUGCUGGCAGCUGAAGACGAGGAAGACGAAGACGACAGUGAGGAUGAGGACGACGACCCUCUGGAGCAUUUUGUCGACGUCUUGAGGAAACUGAAGCAUGAGGAGGGGAUUGACGAAGACGUGAUCUCGCUCCUGCUUUCGGAACUCGAAGACGAGGACGAGGAACAGGAAAGUGAAGCAGAAAGCGGAGAGGAACAAGUCGCACGCGAGCUAAGGAGGGAGAAGAGGUCCCCUGCGAGAAGAAGCUCGAGUAGAUCGUCUUCCUCUCGAUCGAGAGGAAGUGGGUGGUUCGGCAGGAGGUCCAGCAGUUCGUCGUCGUCCAGCAGCAGCAGCAGCAGCGGAAGCAGCAGCAGCAGAAGUUCUGGCGGAUGGUUCAGAAGAAGCAGCUCUUCUGGUAGCAGCAGCAGAAGUGGAAGUAGCAGCAGUGGUAGCAGCAGUAGCAGCAGUGGAAGUAGCAGCAGCACUGGUACAAGCAACACCGGAGGAGGCUCAUAUGGAUGGAACACUGGAAACAACCGAGGCACUGCCACGGGUGCAACAGGAGCUGGGGUUGCAACAGGUGUCUCCACUGGCACUUCGGGUACAAGGCCUGGCUACCCCACGCAGCCAGGAUACCCCUCGCAACCUUACAAUCCUAAUCCAGGCUAUCCAAGCGGCACAGUCCCUCACAGUGGCUACCCAACGGGAUCCCAACCUGCCUCUGGAUAUCCAACUGGAACAAAUCCCGUUUCUGGAGGUACGAGGCCUGGCACAGGAUACCCUGCUGGGCCUCAGCCCGCGCCGGGAUAUCCGACUGGGACACAACCGGGCUCUGGAUCAACCCGUGCCCGGAUACCCGACUGGGACACAGCCCGGUUUUGGGUACCCUGGAAACACGCGACCUGUUGCAGAUACCCAUCUGGCCCUCAGCCCGUGCCAGGAUAUCCAGGAAGUACUCGGCCGUUCGGAGGCUACCCGGGCUAUCCAGGCAGCACAGGCUUUUCCACUGGGUAUGGGUACGGAGGAUAUCCUGCAACAGGCUAUUCCGCGGGAGGCUACUCCUCAGGGGGAUACGCCACCGGGUUCCCCGCCGCCGGCUAUGCAGCGGGGGGAUUCGCCGGCUAUCCUGCAGGAGGGUUCCCGAUGCCCAAGAGGAAGAAGUCGAAGAAGGAGAAGGUGAAGGAGGUGGUGAACAAGGCCGUCACCGGCUACCUCGCGCACAAGGCCGCCAAGAAGAACAAGUUCCUCAACCCUUCGCACAUCCACGGCUUCGGCCACGGGCGCGGCGGAGGCUUCCACGGGAUGGGCGGCAAGCUCGGCGCGGGCGCCUUGGGCGGGCUCGCCGUCGGCAAGACCGCCAAGACGCUCCUGGGCGCCUACAUGAAGAUGAAGAUCGCCAAGUACGCCCUCAAGUUCGGAGCCGAGGCCGCCAAGGCUUACUUCCACUACAAGCUCCACAGGGAUCUCGACGACUACACCAUCAACAAGUUCAUCCACAGGUACCACCAGCAGCGCGUCAGCAGGUUCGGCCGACGCCGCUACCACAACAACCACCGCGAGAAGCCCGACUCCGACGAGGCGGCCGCCAACAUCACGCUGGGUGAAUUCUGUUACCGACCUUGCAUGCCCAACGACACUCGCAUUUGCCAGUUCACAUUUGAGGUUCAUCUCUACCAGACCUUAUCUAGGGCGUGCUACAAAUGUCCCAGCAACGCCACCGACUGCGACAGACCCGAGUGUGUGGCCGGGGACGGGACGCGCAGGAUGGUCACGGCGGUGAACAAGGGCAUUCCAGGACCGUCUAUUCAGGUGUGCGUCGGCGACAAGGUUCUCGUGGACGUCCUGAACGACAUGCCGUCCACAGCCGUCACUCUCCACUGGCACGGUCUAACGAUGGGCCCCUCCUUCGCCGUGCCCCGAGCCGAGAAGACGCCCUUCAUGGACGGCACUCCGGGCAUCACGCAGUGCCCAGUGGGUCCCUCGUCCGGGUUCAGGUACUCCUUCAUUGCUUCCAAUCCCGGCACUCACUUCUGGCACGCGCAGACAGGUCUUGAACGCGGCGACGGUGUGUUCGGCCCACUCAUUGUGCAUCAGUCACAUGAAAAGGAUCCUUACCAGAAACUGUCACAACAUAUCAUGACGAUCAAUGACUGGUUCCACUCCUCGACGCAGUCCAAGUAUGUCCUCCGUCAGCACAGCAACCAGGAGGCCAAACCCCGGUCCAUCCUGAUCAACGGCCGGGGUCCCCAGAAGCACGACGCGGAUGAAGUCGCUCGAGUUCCAUACUCAAAAUUCAUUGUGGCUAAUGACACCCGCUACCGCAUGCGGGUCAUCAACGCUGCGGUGACCAACUGCCCCGUGACUGUGACGGUGGACAGCCACGACUUCGUUCUCCUCGCGGCGGACGGCAGCCUUGUGUCGCCCAUGAACACCACCUCGCUCCUCAUCUAUCCAGGAGAGAGAUACGACGUGCUGAUCGCUGCGGAGCAACAGCCAUCUCCUGACGGCGGUGUCUUCUGGGUGCGCGUGCAGGGAGGGAACGACUGUGGCCACCUUCAGCAGUACGCAAUUCUCCAGUACCUGCCCACCAACUUUUCCUUUGCCGAAGCUCCGCCCACCGUUCCUCCGCAGACCACGCCCACUCCCAAAACACCACCUGCGCCGGGAUCGCAAGACUUCAGCGGGGCAUGUGGCACCGAAGGGCAGCGUUGCGUCACUGGUCUGAGGUCACCCGCGGAUCUGCCCGCCUCCCUUCAGGUCACCAAAGCCAAUACUACUCUCUACCUCGCCUUCUCGUCGAAACAAAUUCACAACGAGAAUUUCUACUCCAUUCUCCUCUAUGAUAUCUAUGAAGAGACCGACCCUUCGAAGAGACUGGCAACGCCCCAGAUCAACCACCUGAGCUUCCGCGCUCCGCCCAUCCCCCUCCUGGUCAACCACCGCCCACUCAGGUCCGAGAACUGCAGCAGCGAGGGCGUGAGGCGAGGGCACUGCACCGCCGACUUCUGCGAGUGCCUCCACGUCCUGCAAGCUCCAAUUGGGGCCGUCGUGGACCUCGUGCUCAUCGGAGAGGGACCCGCCAAUGGGACUUCCCAGGCGGUGCAUCUCCACGGCUUCAAGUUCUGGGUCCUGUCUCAGGUGGCGGCCGAAGACGUGCCCACGCCCACCUUGACGACCACGACCACCACAACGACUACGACCACCACAACGACCCCAUCCCCCAACGACGAUUCAGAGGACAGCGUGGACAUUCCUCCUGUAGGCGACGAGUACCUCUCACGGGAUAAGGUGAUGCAACUGGACGCGGAGGGGAAGCUGAAGCGGUACGUGUUGGACCCCGUGGCCAAGGAUACCGUCACUAUCCCGCCAGGAGGGUACACCAUUGUCAGGAUCGUCGCCGAGAAUCCCGGAUUCUGGAUGCUUGAGAGUCAGGUCCUCUUCAAUGCAAUGGCGGGCCAGAGCCUCAUCUUGCAAGUCGGCAACACUGCAGAUUUCCCUAAACCAUCAAAAGACUUCCCCACGUGUUAAAUCUGACAAAACCAUUCCUCUGUUUUACAGCUUCCUAUAAUCACUUUCUUCAUAUCCUUCUUUUACUUGUCUACUUCAUCUCCUUUUCCAUGCAUAAUCUUCGGAUGUUUCCUAUACAUAAAUCUUAUCAUCUCUAUCAUUCCGAAUCUUUCCUAUUAAUCGAAUUUUCUCUCUCUCUGUCUGUCUGUCUGUCUGUCUGUCUGUCUCUCUCUCUGUCUGUCUGUCUGUCUGUCUCUCUCUCUCUCUCUCUCUCUUCUAGUCCCUACAUUUUAUAUUCCACACGUCGAGGGUCUUCCUUCUCCCGUGCUGUUGCAGUCGUGUCGUAACUACUGUAGUUGUACUAGAAAACGACUCUUCUAAUUCACAACAAAAGAAAGAAGUUUGAAUGGAGCCCGGGUAGAAUCACGCCAGUUCGUUAGAUGGUAAGAGAAACAAAUGAAAAGAUUAUCGACAAGACAUUCUCGAUUUCUAAAAAAAAAGAAAAAGAAAUCGUGGGACUAUAAAUAAAUGAAGUCAGUUUCUAUUAAUUUCUUGGGCAUAAAUAAAUGAAGGUAUUUCAUAAGACUUAUAGCAUUAACUAUGAAUAGCGUCUUACAUAACAAAACAUAAUAGCAUGUUAUCUAUUUAAUAGUGGGGGCAAGGUGUGUGACAUGUAACUGAUUUAUUUCAAUUAAAUCUUCAUCGAGUUAAAUAAUGAAGAUUUGGUUAUAUCUUUUGUUUUGUGAAUUAUACUCAUUCAUUAAGAUGUGAUACUUAUAAUUUCUGGCUAUUGUUCGUCUAGACUUAAAUCUACUUUAUAAUAUCAUAUACACCAAACAAUAUACUGUGCCUUAAGAAAUAUCCAUUCAGAAGGAUAAACAUUUUAGUAAAAUAUAAUUUUCAUAUAUCCUAAGAAAGUGGCGAAAGGAAACCAAGAUCUUAAGAAAUGAUAAUCACUUUGUAGGAUAGUAAAUACUCCAGAAUCUAUAUAAAGUCAAUAAUGUACAGAUAUUUACUAUACUAUAUGAACGAAUGCUAAUCCGCACACGCGAGCAUUCUCUAAAGUAUCCACACUAAGCACUUUGCCAAAUCAAUUAUCAAACUGGCCGGAUAAGAGUUCCUAUUAUAAUAUGAAAAUUGUUUUAACUCGCUAUUUACUUUUUCAUUAUCACCAUUUCAUCAUAAUUUAUGACUUUCUUCAAAGAUUCGCACCUUACCUGUGAAAAGGCAAGAUUCAUCGACCACGUAGUUUGAAAACACUAGCCACGACUUAGACCCCCACCAAAAAAAAAAAGUUUAGGAGAAAAAGAAAAUCUUGCUUUGGGGGAUAAACAGAACAUUAAGUGUCCAUAGAUAUCAACUUGCAAGUUGAGUAAAGAGAAGAAAUUACUUUGUGUAUUUGGCAAUCCAUAACGACCAUAUCAGCGAUAGCAUGAAGGACAAGUUGGAGGCUUAUAUAAUUAAAAGACGCAAAAAGUGUUUACAUGAAUAAAACUGAAAAUAGA